UAUCAUUCGUUUACAGUUUCUUCAGGACAGCCACAGCGACACACCCGGAAAAUGAAAACAGAGCACAGGAUAGAGUUGGUGCUUCUUUUGUUAGUCGGUUGUUUGAAGACGGGUUUGAGGUUUAGCUAAAUAUUUGAGUGUUUUCAGUAAAAAUCUACUCAUUUUAAGCCUCAGAGAGAGUUUAUCAACGAGCAGGUAACUCCUGCUGGAGAAACAUUCAGAGUUUAAAGAAAUCAACGUUAAGAUGGAGGACAAGAUGGAGUAUCAGCACAGACUGCUGUUUUUUACCCGGAUACCGAAGAUAAUCUUACACCGGAUAGAUCUGUGUAAAGAGGAGGUUCUCAAUAAACCCAGCAACCAGGGGGAAAACUCCACUUUAGAUCCAAAGAAACCAGAACAUCUGCAGAUAAAACAGAAACAAGAGGAACCAGAACCUCUGCAAGGAAUACAGAAACAAGAGGAACCAGAACCUAUGCAGAUAAAACAGAAACAAGAGGAUCCAGAACCUCUGCAAAUAAAACAGGAACAAGAGGAACCAGAACCUCUGCAGAUAAAACAGAAAGAAGAGGAAACAGAACCUCAAGAGUUCAAAGAGGAAGAGAAGCAACUCUGCAUCAGUCAGGAUGAAGAGCAUCUUGUGCUGAAACAGGAGACUGAUGACAUUUUGAUGAUGCCUUCUAAAGUGCAAAGAAUCCACAAUGAAACAGAACCACAGAGAAACCAACUAAUCUCUCAUGACUCUGCUGAGGAUGACAACCAGGAUCAGGAAGGAAGCAGUUCUGACGAUCCAGAUGAAGAACAGAAACAAAAAGAGAGAUGUCAGAAAAAGAAACAGCAGAAAAGUAAAACUGACAGUUCAAAACAAAAAAGGCAAAAGAAAGCUCACCCAGACCAAAAAUUACAUUCCUGUAAAAUUUGUAAUAAAACCUUUUCUGUAAACAAUACUCUGACUCUACACAUGAAAAUUCACACAGACGGAGAACAGUUCAUCUGUUCAAUGUGUAGAAAACAAUACAGUUCAAAGGACGCUUUAAAGAAACACAUGAGAUAUCAUCUUGAUGUGCCUUACACAUGUACGAUCUGUAAAAACGUAUUUCCCAGUAAAAAUGUUUUAAUUGAUCACAUGCAGACUCACAUGGGUGAGAAGGGACAUACAUGUGUGACCUGUGGAAAACAUUUUGAUUUCAAAAGUAAUUUAAAUCUUCACAUGAGGAGUCACACAGGCGAGAAACCUUUUUCAUGUACAAUUUGUGGAAAAGAAUUCAGUCAAAAAGGAACUUUAAUUUGGCACAUGAGAAGCCACACAGGCGAGAGGCCUUUUCCAUGUACACGCUGUGACCAAAAGUUCACCAGAAAACACAAUUUAAUCUGUCACAUGAGGUCUCACACUGGUGAGAAGCCUUUUUCAUGUAAGAUCUGUGGAAAACACUUUGGUUACAAAUGUUAUUUAAAUAGUCACAAGAGGAUUCACACGGGUGAGAAGCCUUUUUCAUGUAAGAUCUGUGGAAAAAGUUUCACUCAAAACUCUAAUCUUUCUGUACACAUUCAAACUCACAGGGAAUUAAAACUUUAUUCUGUGUGAUUUGUGGAAGACCUUUCCGGUUUAAAUCUAAUUUACUUUUUCAUAUGAGAACUCACACAGGUGAGAGACCUCUCUUGUGCGACGUGUGGAAAAAGUUUCACUCGGAUAACCAAUUUCACUGUUCACAUGAAAGAGCACAUGGCAUAAUUUGAACCUUGAAUAUCAAUAUUCUCAGUAACUUGCUAUUUGAAAGCACAGUAAUUAUAGCUGGGUGACAUUUUGUAAAUGUAGCAGCUUUGUUAAAAAAAACAUUUCAAAUGGAUUUAGCUGAAAUACUUUGAAGAAAUAAUCUUUUUCUGUUAGUUUUAGAUUUUCAUUUAAAUGUUUAUUUUUAAGUGAGAUUGUCUCCACAUUAAUUGUUUGUUAAUAAAAGUGAAUUUGAAUGCAUUUAGAGUCAUUGUAGAUUUGUUGCACUUGUACUUUGUUUUACUUUAAUGAUUUUGGUUAGUGGAUAGAUGCUAGCUGUUACUGAAUGCAAUGUUUGCGCUGGUAGGUUACAAACUGAUUGGAAACAUACUUGUCUAUAUUUGAAUCUGAAUAUCAGUUUUUUAUUAUGUUGUCUUUGUUGCUCAAAGAAUAGUGUCGUUAGUUCAUAAAUCACUUAACAACUUAGCACCACAAUACAUUAAAGAGCUGCUGUUCUCAUAGCAACCCUCCAAGUCUUCUGGUUCUGGUCUGCUCUGCAUCCCCAGAACCAGAACCAAACGUGGAGAAGCAGCAUUCGGCUUCUAUACACCACAAAUCUGGAACAAACUUCCAGAAAACUGCAAAACAGCUGAAACACUGAGUGCCUCUAAAUCUCAACUAAAGACCCACGUGUUUAGAGUUUUAUUCGAAAUGUAAUCAAUAACGAAUUUAAUGAUGUAACUUGACUGAGUGUCAUGUUUUGAUUCUAUGUUGCAUGACUUUGUGUUUUUGUGUUAUGAUGUAAACCUCUUUGAAAUGCCUUGUUUGUGAAAUGUGCUAUACAAAUAAAAUUUGAUUGAUUUGAUUCAGGACAAAAAUAAACAUUGUUGCUGAAUCUCUGCUCUGUGUUUAUUACCAGUAUCUGUAAUUUCCUGUAAAUAAAACUGAUGAUCUUAAGGAAUCGACCUGAAACUUCAAACUCAUCAACUCUAAAAAAA